GUUCUCUUGCUGCUCUUGGUUUAAUAGAGAAUAGUGCCACCAACAUUGUCGCAGCAAUGUUAGUUUCACCAUUAAUGGGUCCAGUCAUGUCAUUAGCAUUUGGAACGAUAAUUGCAGAUAAGAAACUUCAGAGAAUUGGUAUAAAAAGUCUUUCCUUAGGAAUAUUUUUAUCUAUUAUUUUUGGGUUUAUUUUUGGUCUAUUACUAAUUACAACGAUACCCUCAAGUGAUAGUGAUUGGCCAACUAAUGAAAUGAAAGAACGGUCUUUAUGGAUGGGUGUAUUAUGGGCUUUACCUUCAGGAACUGCAGUGGCAAUUGCAUUAUUACAAGGUAGUAAUGGUCCUCUCAUUGGGGUCGCUAUUUCAGCAUCUUUGCUUCCGCCAGUUGUGAAUUGUAUAAAAGAAGUUGCAGCCCCAUACACAUCGACGACAAAACUACGUCGCUUUUGGGAACAUGAUAUUCAGUUAGUACGGAAUUCAAAUAUAACAGAUAUCAAUUUAAGCAAUUCAAGGUAA